AUGAAUGCUAUAAUAUUGUUGCUCAUACUUUUGACCCAGGAUGAGGAAUUGGAGAGUGACGAGAGGUACCUCUGGAUCUUGUUUAUAGAUAUAGAGAACAGCGGAAAGGGGCGGUGCGUUCAGUGUAUGCGUGGUGCAAAAUUACACCUUAACCAAACAGGUUUGACCGUUAUUGUGGCCAUCGCGGUUUGUGUACCACUGCUUUCUAGUAUAUUCACGCUGUCGCUAAAUAAAAUACUAAGAACAGGUGGUACCAGGUACCAAAGAACCGAUGAUCCGCUCUAG